CUUUCUCAAUAAACUUGAGAGUGAGAAGCUAAUGGAAUAUCUGGGAGUGGACAAUGAUCGGGAAAUCUUACUUCCUCCUGUCACUUCUCCAAGAUUUCACAGAUAAACCCACGAUAUUCCCUGCUGAAAUUAUUGCAGGAAAGCGUGUGUAUGUAAGCUGUACCUUCAACACAACGUGCAAUGGAACAGCAGCACCUGUCUUAACCUGGGACACUCCCACUGACGUACCUGGAUCAGUCUCAAACACUGUAACUCAGCAUGGUGUCACUCUGACCUAUACUUCUGUUCUGACCCUGAUCCCAUCACUCAAACACCACGGACACACUUUCAGCUGCAGAGUGAGAUAUCCAUCUGUUUCAUCGGAGCGGACCCUCGUACUUACUGUGCAAGGUAGAGACUCCAGUAAAUGGACAGUAGGAUUGAUCACGGCUGGGAUCAUGUUGAGUGUUUUCCUGGCUGGAAUCUUCAUCUUCAUCUGUAUGAGAAAGAGAAAGACAGCGACAGAGGAGAGAGUUUCAGGGACCAGAGACAUUGCAUUGACCCCCCAGUCCACUCUCUGUGAAGCACCAG